ACAGGAGGUGGCUGCCCAGGGAGAGCACGAUGCCAGCAGGACACAGCAGGAGGGUGCAGCAGUAUCUGCUGGUCCUGGCCGUGACCUGGGGUGCCACCAUCUUCCCCCCAACAGCCCAGGCUUUGCAGAGGAUCGCGCUGCGGAGGAUGCCGUCCAUCCGGCAGACGCUGCAGGAGAUGGGGGUGAAGGUGUCCGAGGUCUUCCCCGAGCUGAGGCACAGCAGAAGCGGCAGCGCGGCCGGUCCCAAGAACGGGACGGCUCCCACCCUCCUCACCAACUACCUGGAUACGCAGUAUUUUGGUGAGAUCAGCAUUGGGACCCCUGCCCAGACCUUCAAGGUGGUUUUUGACACGGGCUCGGCCAACCUGUGGGUGCCGUCCUACAAGUGCUCCCCCCUCUACAGCGCCUGCAUUUCCCACAGCCGCUACGACUCCUCCAAGUCCCGGACGUACAUAGCCAACGGCACGGGCUUUGCUAUCCGCUAUGGGACAGGGAGUGUCAAAGGCUUCCUCAGCCAGGACGUUGUCAUGGUAUCAGACAUCCCCAUCAUCCAGGUCUUUGCUGAGGCCACGGUGCUGCCUGCCUUCCCCUUCAUCUUCGCCAGGUUCGAUGGGGUGCUGGGGAUGGGCUACCCCAGCCAGGCCAUCGAUGGUAUCACCCCUGUCUUCGACCGGAUCCUUUCCCAGCAGAUCCUCAAGGAGGACGUGUUCUCAGUCUACUACAGCCGGUGGGUCUUGAAUGCUGCCCUGAAACCCGGAGGCGAAAUCAUCCUCGGAGGCAGCGACCCAGCCUACUACACUGGGGACUUCCACUACCUGAACGUCAGCAAGAGCGGCUACUGGCAGAUCAGCAUGAAGGGGGUGUCUGUGGGGGCUGAAAUGCUGUUCUGCAAGGAUGGCUGCUCAGCUGCUGUUGACACAGGAGCAUCCUACAUCACUGGCCCUGCUGGCCCCAUCUCUGUGCUGAUGAAAGCCAUCGGGGCAGCAGAAAUGGCUGAAGGAGGAUACGUGGUGGAUUGUGACCAAGUCCCUCAGCUGCCCAACAUCUCCUUCCACCUGGGUGGGAAGGCCUUUGGGCUCAGCGGCUCAGCCUACAUCCUUCGGCAAUCCCAGUAUGGGGAGGACAUCUGCGUGGUGGCUUUCUCAGGACUGGACAUCCCACCCCCGGCUGGUCCCAUCUGGAUCCUGGGCGCCAGCUUCAUUGGGCACUAUUACACCAAGUUUGACCGGCGCUACAACCGCAUCGGCUUUGCCACAGCUCGCUGAUGGGCAGGGCUGGGGAGAGGGACCGGGACCAACGCGGAGGCGAGAGCAUCACCACUGGGAAGAAAGGAUUUGAAGUGCAAACCGGGUUUCCUCUCUUUAUUGAAGCGACAGCACAACCUCCCCUUCUCCUGCUCCUAAAUCCCUGCUCUGCUUCCCAAGAAUCUCUGCUAAUGGGAAGAACGGAGCCUUAAACACAUCCAAAAGUGUCUGGGAAUCAAAGCAGGAUGUUGAGGCCAGAGCUGCACCUCCAGGGAUUCCCAGGCUGAUGUGCAAUAGUACAAGUGGCACACAGGGAGCUGCUGCUGGCAUGGAGAUGCUUGCAGGCUGCAGACUGAGGAGGGAUGAGUGGUUACUGCUCAUGUUGUUCUUUAUAUGGGAGAAAGAUAACCUGGGUGCUUAAUGAGAGUUUUAGCUGGUGUUAACCUGGCCCCUCGCCAUGACUUUAGUAUUAAACAAUCUUAGAGCAAAAGGA